GAACAGUAAGAAGAAGAAAGUUUUUGUAUUUCUUCUCUAAUUGGAUUUGAUUACUCUUUUAUUCUGUUGGGUUGUUCAUCAACUUUGGAAAUUAAAGCUGCAAUUUUUUUUAUGAUCAAAGCUUUUUCCUUUUUUUUUUUCCUCCUUUUGUUGAUUUGAUCGUGUAUGAUUACGGAAGCUUGGGGUUUUAUCAGACAAAACCUGGAAAAGUUGUCAGAUGAAACAAUGUGGUUGGAGAUUGGAUCAUCAAGAUACGCUAACUUGUCCUCUGUUUUCAAGUUUAUAAGAUUCUGAAGCUAUCAUUUGCUUAAUUAUUCUUUCUCUCUCUCUCGCCUUGGCUUUAAAGAAAUCUCAAUUGUCUUCUUCUUCUACCGUUUUUUCCGGCGAUCAAAGCUGGUUCACGAAAAAAGAAAGUUUUGGAACUACCUCUGCUGCAACUUGCAUCACUUUUUUAUUGGAUUUUUUCUAUGGCUUUGCUCAGACGUAAGCAAAGCAGAUGAAAUCUAGCUACAAUCGCUGUUGCCCUUCAAUGAAGUUUGGAAUUUAAGGAAUUCAGGAGAAUCUAAUCUAAGAGCAUUUCUAAAGGGACAACGUUAGAGAAGGUUAGGAAGCAUAGAAAGCCAUGGCGAAGAAAACACAACGUCGUGCUGCUGCUCGACAGGAGAGGGAACAGUUAGGGUGCAUGUGGGGAUUUAUGAAUAUGUUUAAUUUCCGCCAUGGACCACUGGCUCACAAGCUGCUUCUCGACCAAAAGCAUGCUUCUGGAAAUCCUAAGAACAAUGAACUUAACAAGUCCAAAUUCCGCGAAACGGAUGCUCAAGAACCCAAUGUUGGUGAAGAACGCAAUAUCACGAUAACAAUUAUAAAGCCAAGUGUGAAGAAGCUCAUAGCAGAAGAGUUGUCCAUUGACAAGGAAAUCAAGAAGCAGAGGGAGAGUGCUGAAGCAGGACAGUUGUCAGACUCUGAACUUGAAGGAAGAAGAAGGAAAAACCAGAGGAGAAAAAACAAGACACGCAAGAAAAGCUGCGAUAAUUUUAGCCAUAUAAACUUAGUUGACAGUGAAGAGCCUCAAGUUCAACGCAGAAAUCAUAGGUCUGCAAGGAGUGUUGACAUUGAUAAUAUGAUUGAAGAGUUCUAUUCUGAGAUUCAUCGCAGAAGUACAAGUCGUGCAAAGAAUGACGAAGAUUACAAAGAAAAACUGAGGGAGUUGGUCAAGUUUUUAAUUAGUCAGAAGCUUUUACAUGGGAACCGUCCCAGAGGAAAUAGUGAAAUCCUUACGUCUAAGGAUUUGAUGGAAGUGUUUCAAAUCCUGGGAUCGGAUGAAGAAUUGUUUCUCAAACUUCUGCAAGAUCCAGAGAUACUUGUGCCAAGGGAGAAGGGAGCAGAAAGCUUGAGCUUGUUUGAGUCGGAACAAUCUUCUCUUGCUGAUAAGAAAUGGUCUAGCUUUUUCAGGAGGAAAGAUGCACCACAAGAAGAAUGUGAAGCUUCUGACCGGAUUUUCAUUCUGAAGCCAAGGUCAGCAAGCUUUUCAAGUCCGGACAUAGGAAAUAGUCGUGGUUCGUCACCUGAUUCUCAUCUGAUGGGAAACAAAUUGCAGAACGAGAGAAACAGUUCACAUUUCUUUCUUUCUGAGAUCAAGAGGAAGCUGAAACAUGCAAUCAAAAAAGAGCAACCGGCCGGGGGAUUUGGGGAAGGGUUUCCGAAAACUAAAGAUCAUUUCUUUCUUGAGCGGAUGGCAAGGCCUUCAACAUCUCAGAAGAAAUCUCAUAAUGAAGAUGAUAAAAAGCAAAGGGUAUCCAACAUUUACAUAGAGGCCAAGAAACAUCUGUCUGAGAUGUUAAACAAUGGAGAUCUUGAUUCGAAGUCAACGAGUAGACAGGUUCAAAGAAGCCUAGGGAGAAUUCUCUCCUUUCCUGAGUACUUGUCUCCUCUAAACAGCCCGGGAAGAAGAUGGGAAAAGAUCUCAACUGCUCACAAGAAGUCUGCUUCAGCGGAUUUCAUAAAUCUUGUGAACAUCAAGAAAGAAACUCAUGCGAGCCAACCAGAGGAAAAUGCAGAUAUUCAGGUCUGCAAUCUAAGCGAAAAACCUGACGAUUCUAUCCAACCAACGGCAACUGAACCUACUGAGAAAAGUGUUGACAUUGAGGAUGAAACUGCUAACGAAGAUAAAAUGUCUUCUGCAGGUUCUGCAGAUGAUGUUAUGAUUCCCAAUGAGAUAGAUGUAGUUCCAGAGGAAGCAAGCUCUACUUUGAUUGGUGACUUGUGCAAAGUUGAAGCUCAUGAUGAACAGAGAGACGGUAUAAUCUCAAAACAGACCUCUCAUGAAGAGAGCCAACCACCACUGUCUUCCUCUGUGGACUCACCAUCUCACUGUUUAGCUAAAACUGAGGAGUGCAAAUCAGCUAUUACCGAUUUUCCGGAGUGGUCAAGCCCAAUAUCAGUUCUUGAGCCACUCUUCGUUGAAGAUGAUAUAAGCCCAGCAAAAAUGCGAUCUCAGUCUGGUGAAGCAGAGGUGCAACCUUGGUGUAUCCACUUCGAUGAAAAAGAUCCUGUAACUAAAAACCGAGAGAAUUCUGUCACAAGUGACAAAGAAUUGGUGUUUAAGUAUGUAAAAGCUGUCUUGGACGCAGUAGACUCAGACUUCGAAGAGCUCUAUCUGAAGGCGCAAUUCUCUGACCAGCUUCUUGAACCGGCACUUAUCAGCAAUAUACCGUUCUGUCCAAAUCAGCUUUGCCCUGACCAUGAGCUCCUCUUUGACUGCAUCAAUGAAGCUCUCAUGGAGUUAUGCUGUUGCCCACCUUGGGCUUCGUUUGUUACACCAAGAACCAGAGUCUUCUGUACCGUCAAAAGCAUCAUUCAUGAGGUACAAGAAGCGGUUUACUGGCAUCUCUUGCCAUUGCCACUCCCUCACGCCUUGGAUCAGAUAGUUAGAAAAGAUAUGGCUAGAGCUGGAAACUGGUUAGACAUCAGAUGUGACAUUGACUGCAUUGGUUUUGAAACUAGUGAACUGAUUCUCGACGAGUUACUCGAAGAGCUCACUCUCAACUCUCUGGUUCCACCUGAGUUGAAGACGGAUGGGAGCAUCCUUAUUUUAUAAGGGUCUUGAAAGCUGAAAACUCUUUUCUUAAAGACAAAGCCAUUGUUGAGACAGCUGCAAGCUCUGAACAUAGUCUCACUGUUACCAUUGCUAAUUUGUUAGCACAGAACCAUGUAGAUAAUUUGUAUUACUCAGACAAUAACCUCACAGAGCUCCGGUCUGAUCAGAAACUACUGAGAGGGAGAGGGAGGAAAUAAGAACGUCCUUUCAAGACCAGACGAGAAACUGUUAGUGGUGGGGUCAUCAUAGAAUCACUUUCAAAGACAGUCUUCUUCUUUUAGGAUAUAAUUAUAUAGGAUUUGAUUUUAUUUUAGUGUGUUUGUGUUUGUGUGAAGAUGGAGAGAUGUGAUAGUGUUUGUUUUAAGUUGGUUUGUGUAACAUUUUCGGAGUUUGACAUAACAAUGUAUUAUGGAUUAGGAGUAUGACAAUUUAAAAGUUUUAUUUUAGUUUA